GUUAAUACAUAUGCUAGGAUGAAUUAGAGUCCAUCUCCAAAUCUAUGCGUCAAGAUUUCACUUCGUAGAAUGCAGAAUCCGGGCUAAAACAUGCAUCACAGAGAUUUCAAAAUGCACCGUGAGAUGUUGCAUUAUUAUCAAAGUUUAAUGAAUCUGUAGCAGUUUCUCUUAUUGCAAGAAACGCAACCGGAUCUCAAUUCAGACCCGCUCGGGGGGAAAAGCGUGUACCGUUCAGGCAACAGCAGCCAGGGAGGUCUCUGGCGAAGCUCCGUUGGGUGCACGGUUGAGGGAGAAGGAAGGAAAGAAGAGUUAGGGCGUUCGUGCGAAUAGUCGUCGCUCGUCCGUUUGUUGGCGCCAUUCGUUCAUCUCAUUCCAUCAGUCCCUUCGUUUAGAGGCAGCCAUGCGGCAUUGGGAGGCCUUUUUCCCUCGUCCUUGCCCUACCCAAACCCUCCAGGUAGAAACCCCAUGACAUCUUUUCCGCCGUAUCUGAAAGAGCAAGAGAAAUGGGCGCAGCAGUUGGCGAAAAAGGUGGAGAAGUUCGAGUGGGAAGCCUAGUGUGGGCCUGCAUAGGCAAUGGGGUUUGGUGGCCGGGAAGGGUUUUGGGUCCCGGCGACAUGACGUCAUUUCCCGACCACCGGUUUCAAAUCCAGCUCCUCGGCCAAGAUACUGUCACCAUGGACUGCUACAAUCUGGAGAGUUCGAGGCGCGUAAAAGCCUUUCGUUGCGGUGAAUUUGAUGAUUGCAUUAGAAAGGCUAAAUUGUCCGAAGAAUUUGCUUCAACCGAAAGUCUGAAGUACGUGCAUCGUAAAAAUGCUAUUCUUCUUGCUCUUGAUCUUGAGAGGCAGUUGGUGCAAAACAAACAACUUAAAAGGCCAGGGAGUGAGAUGCAGGUAGAAACUUGUUCCAGGGAAAAGAUAAGAAAGCACGGCUACUUCACUGUUGAAUCGGCAGAUUGUUUGAACAAUUCUGUUGAGUCUCGUUCCUUAAGGGAAUCCCCAAAACGUUUGCAAGAUACCACCGCAAAUACCUCGGAACCAAUGGAAUCAGAUUUAUCUGAGAGCGUUAAUGAUGUGAAAAUGGGAAAGCCCUCAGGUACCCUUGUGAGCCGACAUGAAAACAAUAAUGAAACGAGUGAAGGUGUAACCAGUUACUCCUCAGAGUCCUCUACUGUUCAGAAGACAGCUGCUCCUGCUAUACCUCAAAAACCCAAACAUCAAAGAAAACGGAGUGUCCAAGAGCUUUGUCAGGGAGUUGCUGGGCUAUAUGAUGAUGCGAAUUGUGUCUUUGACUACAAGGGAGUUAAAGCAAUGUCUGUCUGUGCUUCAGUGUUUCCCAGCAAUGACAUGGAAACUUUGUUCGAUGCGCAGAUUAAAUUUCUACCAAGCUGCCGGGGAGUGGAUGUUCCCCUUGUCUGCAUGAUGAGCAGAUUAAAUGAGAAGGCGAUCAUAGGGCAUCCAGUUAACAUAGAGGUUCUUAAGGGCACUAGAGCUACAACGGGCAAGAAAUCGUAUCACCUGGUUUGGAAGACUUGUAAAAGGACUCCUGUCAUGUAUUCACCUCCAUUGCCUUCCACUCGUGAGAUCAGAAAAAUGACUCAAGCUUGUGACUCAAGUUUUGGAGGCAUGACUUGCUCGGCUCCAAAUGGUGAUUUCUCAGGAACAGAGGGAGUUCCUCUGAAUUCAGGCAUAAAGCAGCCACGUUCAAGAAAAGUCUACCAUGGUAUCAUAUAUAACCCGCACACCACAAUACAGAAAGCCCUGAAAGAUGGGACAUCCAAAGGAGUUGCUUGCGUCCCGGUGAGACAUGUUAUGAGAACGCUACUAGCAGCUCUUUGCAAGGAAUUGCAAAACUACUAAUGCUUUCGAGAGGGAUCAAACUGGUCUAGCUUUUUUUGUGUUUAGUAAUUAUAUAUAGUCUAUCCACUAUAGAUAGGAUUGAGUUGGAGAUUAAAAAACGGGCAAGCAUAUUCUAAUGAGUAGUUUUUGUGCUAUUACCGCUGGUUAACUCGCUACUGUGAUUCUGUGAACUGCUAGGCAUGUAGAUCAACAUAUCUAACUAUACUUACUGUGCAGUAGCUUUUUGUUUCCAUGCAGAUAUUAUUAUGUGGUAUUACUUGUUUAAGUUUAUCAGAGUAAAUCAAAGGGUUCUGAGUAA